GUAGGUAGCCUCGCGUACGUAUUUAUUCUUCAUUUCUACGUACAGACAGAAAUACUGCAAACGACGCAAGCUGCUACCGCUGGCUGAUCAACAGCGAGAACAACGAUGUCAGUAGUCAUGCAAGCACUUUCACAACCAUGGACCAAUACGGAAGCAAUCACAAGGUCGACGAUACGAAAGAGCCACGAGCCAACCUUCAAAAGAGCACUCAUCAUCAUAGCAUGGACGAUAGCAAUGGAUCUGCCACCGCAUCAUCGAUGGAUGCUGAGGGAGGAGACAUGGCGAUUGGCGAAGAAGCAAAACAACGCGGUGCUGAUGGAGAACCGUCCGCACCACAACUAUUGAAGUCAAUGGCUCUGUUGAUAACUGAAGGUUAGAAACAAUUAUGGGAGCCAUUGGCUGAGCAGGGAAUGUCCCCCAAUAGCUGUUAUAGCUGUUGGAGGCUCUGCUGGAUCUUACAUCUAAUUGUGGUUCCUGCAAGCCAGGGACCAUCUAACAGUCUUGGUGUGGAGUUCUGAGUCACAGUUGGCGUGUGACUUCAAUACACCCUCGCACGACAAGGCUGUAGCGUUUUUGGUGUUGGCUUGGUUAAGGAUACGUUGUUGUUGUUGCUGUAGGCUCAUAGAGAUACGUAGGUCUCAUUUUUUGGUGGUGUUUUGGUGGGUGGUGCUUGGAGGGGUAGUCGGUAGGUUGAGUGUGCUGGUUGCCAGUAC